GCGUAGCUGUGGCCUUCACGAAUUCGCCCUUCUUCAGUUGGAAAAUUUACGUGCCUCGCUUUGUUGUGAGGCUCAGAGCCCUGUGUGGAGGUAGUCGCCCGUUGACUUUCUAGAUUGUUAUUCUCAUUCCCCUUUCUCGUUCCGUCAGAUAGCUGCUAGUUCGGCGAGAAUGGAUGAUGAUUUGGAGGUACCAUCCUUCACCUCCACUGAUGAGGAGCUGAACUUUUGGAAGCAGAAAGCACUGGAGUAUCGUCAGAAGACGCAGGAGAUUCAGGACGAAUUUGAUGAGUUCCAGGAGAGCAGUCGAAUGCUGGAGGCAGAGCUGGAAGCUCAGCUGGAGCAGGCUGAAAAGCAGGUCUCCGAGGUCAGCGGAAGCAAGGUGCGGAUAGAGCAGGAGCUCACGACGGCCAAGGAGAAGAUGGCUGCGGCGGAACAUCAGAACUUUGUUCUGAUCAGCUCAUUGACGGAAGAAGCACGCACUCUGUCGCUACACCGAGAAACAUUGCAAAACUAUGUCCGCGAGCUGGAGCAGACGAACGAUGAUUUAGAACGUGCAAAGAGAAAUACUGUGCAGUCUCUAGAUGACUUUGAGAAGCGUCUCAAUGAAGCUCUAGAGCGCAAUGCAUUGCUGGAACAUGAACUGGAUGAAAAGGAAUCAUUGAACUUCAUGGUACAACGUCUGAAGGAUGAGACACGAGAUCUACGCCACGAGCUGGCAGUUCGACCCAAAGUUAUAAUCCGUGAGGUGACCCCGUCAACAGGCGUGACCCCUGCAUCAUCAAUAUCUGCUCUGGAGGAGGCUGGUCGUGAUUCAGCUGCUACAUCGCAGGCAACAAGUCUAGAUUCAUCCAAGUCCAGCCUUCGGGGAGAUGAGGCUGCAGCUGGUAGCAGCGCAACAUCUUCGUCGACGGCAACAGAGGCGGCAGAAACCAAUGGUACAGCACUGGCUAACGGAGAGGUCCCAGCACAACCGAAUGGAGAAGUUGCUACUGAAAACAGGGAAGAAGCGAAGGGUCAGCGGAAAAAGCUGCAUCGUCAGUCGACUAGUGUUGGCACAACACCACUACCUCCAAGUACUCGGUUGUCAGCACUAGGAAUUGUUAGUGAUCUACUUCGAAAAGUUGGCAUGCUUGAAACCAAGCUGUCGAAUGCACGAAGUUUGCAAUCGCAGCAAGCCUCGACACAAGUCUUCUCUCCCAUUCACGAAGCUAACAGGCCCAGAGGAGCGGAUAUGUCAUUUAGCUCUGCGAAGGUGGCUGUAUGAUCUGGCAAUAUCAUCUCUCCUUGCUACUGCAUCCAAUUGACUAAUGAUGGAUAUACUUGGUGUGCUGGUGUCAGUUUAGACCGUGCUACUGGCCGCUAUGAGUUUAUUUCAGUUCCAUUAGAACUCUGUUGAUUAUCCAUUUCGAUCUUCUCAACACUAAGUAUCCAUGACACAAAAUGUGCUUACUUCUGGUGCAAAUUUCAUCUUGCUGAGACUUGACCUUAUUAUUAAUAACGAUAUUAUUGAAUCCGGAAUAGACCAUCCAGCAGUUCUCCCUCCCAUCGCUAAUACUUCAAGUAGUAACUUAUCUAUGUGCUACCGAUACCUUGCUGGCCUUGGUCAUUGUUGAUGAGUCAUCCUUCAUGGUGUAUAACAUUGGUGUUCUAGCUUCGCAUGCACUGGCAGUAUUUAUGCACCAUGGUUUAGUAACCAACCUAAAGGUACGCUGGAAGGUAACACAUCAUUCUCUCUUCCCUAGUAAUUCUCUUCCUCAGGUUCUACCUUCACAGGUCUUCUCUUAUUAUGUACAUCAGUUAACAGUUCAUUUUAUUCCAAUCAAAAUACAGAAGAGGAGGAAAUAACCAUCACUACAAGAUGACGUAGUGAGGGCUGAUUGAAUAUGACUUGUAAGAUCUUUUGUACAGCUUGAAGGAGCUGGGCUUGAAUAGCUACGCAAUACCAGAAUAUCUUUUUCAUGUUUUACAAUAUUACGUUUUGCUUGUACUGUGUUGUAAAGGCAGUCAUGUCCAACGUGAA